UAAGUGGAGUGGAGAUGGCCAAGGCAGCCUACGUACGCUAGGCACAGUUGUGGCUGUGCAGAACUGCACAAGAGCACGUCGCCUCGCCUCCACCACCACGAACGGAGAAGGCGGCGGCCGGCCAUGGCCAUGGAGGAAACGAGCAAGAUAACGGGCAGGAAGAAGGGUGGUCUUAGAACAAUGCCCUUCAUCUUCGCCAACGAGGUGGCGGAGAAGCUCGCCGUGGUGGGCUUCUCGACCAACAUGCUGACGUACCUCACCACGCAGCUGCACAUGCCGCUGGCGAAGGCCGCCACCACGCUCACCAACUUCGGCGGCACCUCCGCCGCGACGCCCCUCAUCGGCGCCUUCCUCGCCGACGCCUGCAUCGGCCGCUUCUGGACCAUCGCUGCCGCCUCCGUCGUCUACCAAGUCGGCAUGGCGCUCCUGACGGUGUCAGCGGCGCUGCCGCAGUUCCGCCCUCCGCCGUGCAAGCCCGGCGGCGCGGUGACGUGCCAGGAGGCGGCGCCGUGGCAGCUGGCGGUGCUGUACGUGUCCCUGCUCCUCAACGCGGUGGGCGCCGGCGGGUACCGCCCCUGCAUCGUGGCGUUCGGGGCGGACCAGUUCGACGAGUCGCGGGCGGCGGAGCGCGCCCGGAGCUGGGGCUUCUUCAACUGGUACUACUUCUGCAACGGCGCGUCCAUGCUGCUGGCCGUCACGGCGGUGGUGUACGUGCAGGACAACGUGGGCUGGGGCUGGGGCCUCGGCGUGCCGGCCUUCUGCAUGGGCGUCUCCGUCGCCGCCUUCGUGGCCGGGUACCCCAUGUACCGGAGGCUGGAGCCCGCGGGGAGCCCGUUCACGCGGCUCGCGCAGGUGGUCGUCGCCGCCGUCAAGAAGCGCCGGCUGCCGGCGGCGGACGUCGUCCCCGCGAGGCUGUACGAGAACGACGACCUCGACGCGCCCAUCUCCAUGUACGGCAAGCUUGUGCACACGGAUCAGCUCAGCUUCUUUGACCGCGCGGCGAUCGUCACCGACGGCGACAUGGUCACGCAGACGGACGCCGACUCCGGCAAGCCGUCGGCGGCCCCCGUCCCGAACCCGUGGCGCCUGAGCACGGUGCACCGCGUGGAGGAGCUCAAGUCCGUGAUCCGCAUGGGGCCUAUCUGGGCGGCGGGCAUCCUGGUGAUCACGGGUUCAUCGACGCAGCACACCUUCUCCCUGCAGCAGGCGAGCACCAUGGACCGCCGCCUGGCGCCGGGCCUGUCCACGUUCCAGAUCCCGGCGGGGUCCAUGACCGUCUUCGCGCUGCUCGCCAUGCUCCUCACCCUGUUCCUCUACGACCGCGUGCUCGUCCGCGUGGCGCGCCGCUUCACGGGGCUGGACCGCGGCAUCUCCUUCCUGCACCGCAUGGGCGUCGGCUUCGCCAUCAGCGUGGUCGCCACCCUGGUGGCCGGCUUCGUGGAGCGGCACCGCAGGGACGCCGCGGCGGCGGUGGCCGGCGCCACGGACGCCGGCACGUCCCCGCUGUCGGCCUACUGGCUGGUGCCGCAGUACGCGCUGCACGGCGUGGCCGAGGCCUUCACCUCCGUGGGGCACCUCGAGUUCAUGUACGACCAGGCGCCCGAGAGCAUGCGCAGCACGGCGACGGCGCUCUUCUGGCUCUCCAUCUCGCUGGGAAGCUACGCCAGCACGCUGCUGGUGGACGCCGUGCACCACUGGAGCGCAGGCCCCGGCGGCGCCAACUGGCUGCCGGACAACAUCAAUCACGGCAGGCUGGACUACUUUUACUGGGUCGUCACCAUGCUGCAGGUCAUGAACUUGAUAUACUACGCCAUUUGUGCCAAGCGGUUCAGGUACAAGCCAGUGCAGCUCCAUAAGAAAGAGGAGGAAGAAAGCGGCAAGGCACUUGUGGAGCUGCAAGAGAAGGUUUGAGCAGCGUACACUUUCAGCUACGUGCAGGUACAUGUCUUAAGGUAGAAAGAAAGUGCUUCCACUACUCCAUUAGUGCUAGGAAGAUUGUCAGACACUCCCUAGCUAAUACUAUAUGUAUGUGAGCAUCUGUAUUAGUCAAGUAGAUCAAGGAAUGCAGGGAGUUGUUCAGGCAAGCAACAUCACUCAGAAAUUGUCAAUGGUCACUUGACAGCUUUGUGAAUGCCAACUUUGACGUUAAUGCA